UGUUUGUCCCCCGCGCCGCCACCAACAGCAUCGCCCUCGGGAUCCCACCCGAACCAACCCACGCGCAGCCAGCCAUCUUCCCAGAUCCUCAUCGUUUUCCCCGUCCACCCAAUCCACCCAGCCUCUGAUCCAUCCGUUUGUGACCGCCGGAUGGAGAUCCAAUGGCCACCAAAGCGCCCGAGCCUCCCACAGUGCUCGAUUCAGAUCGGAUCGAGGCCUCCAUGAGCGCAGCCCCGAGCUUCCGAUCGAGUCCCCUCCGCUGCCUCGUCCACGUCAAAGCCUGCCAGAUCGCCGAACCACCGCCUCUGCUGUGUCGCUGCAACAGGAGACGACCACCAUGGCAGCCCGAGGCAUGGAGCUUCGCCGCGACAGCGACCUCCAUGGACCCCGACCGCCGACUCGGAGUUCCUCGCCGCCAAGCUUUGACCUGCUCGGAGCCGUUCCCCAGGUCGUCGGACCUCCCUGCAAGCUCUGUCGCCGCCAUCAAACCUGCUACCCCUGCACGCGCGGUCCCUGUUCGUUGCCAGCUUCACCCUGCCUCUGCUUCGAGUGCGCGGUCGCCGCCUUGGAGAACCGAGCCCCUGCGUCGAUCUGGCGCUCGCCAUCAAGCCUGCCGUCGCCAAGUCCCACGUCGCCGGCAGCCAUGUCCGCCGUCCGCCGCUCUGUACCUCACGCCCCCGUUGCUGUUUCUGCUUUUCAGAGACGAGGGCAGCAGCGCUCGCCUGCUCAUACGUGUUGACCGCCACACCGCGCCUGGGCUGCUUUCCCUCAAGCGCCAGCAGGCCCAAUCCCCUCCACUGAGCCGGGCCACGGCCCAUGGGUGAGCCGCCCCCUCUCCUGUGCACCUUGGGCCCAGCAAUUUUGUCCUGCUUCUGUUUUUUUUCCUUUCAGCGUUUUUCUUUUUUUCCAGAGGAGAGCAGUUUUGCAGAAAACCCCCUGCUGUUCAUGCAUUUAAUAACUCUCAAACCGUGCAUCCAAAUUAAACAAACUUAAUAUGAAACUUGCUUAGAAUUUCAACUAGUUUAAUAAUAUGCAACUUUCAUCCAUGUUAAAAAUGUUUAAACUGCUGUUUGUGUAAUUUUUCUCCUAUGUCAUGCUAAAAUGCUUUAUUUCAUAACUAAAUAACCGUAACUCCGAAUUUAAUAAACUUUAUAUGUAAAUGGGGUAGAAAAAUGCCUAGAUUUACUUGGUGCACUCAUCUUGCAUGCUUAGCAACUCUAAAAUUGUGUUUAGACCAGAACAGUACCAAACCUAAUAUAUGCACAUGAGGAGUUUCCGGACUUGUUGUCUUCUUGUUCCGACCUUAUUUAAACUUGCCUAGAUAGAUAGUUUCAGUAUGCUUCAUCUCUUGCCAUGUUUAACAACAUUUAAUAUUGUUGGGUACAUAAACAAGAUCGAAACUAAACAACUUGAAUGUGGUGUUUCUUUAAUAUGCAACUUGUUGCAUAUUGAGCUCCACUUAACUUGUAGUUUUGCUUGUGCACUUUGCCAUGCCAUGCCUCAUUAAACCGGACAUGCAUCAUACCUGAUUGUGCAUCAUGCCAUGUUAUGCUUGGUUGUUUACCUUGUUAUUUGCUUUUUUCCGGUGUUACUUCUUCGGGUUGGUUCCGAUAACGUCGCGUUUGUGAGGAUAUGUUCAACUUCGCCCGUUUGUCUUCUUCAUGGACUCGUUCUUCUUCCUUGCGGGAUUUCAGGCAAGAUGA